GUGCUUGUCAGGAGGUCCAGACCACGAAAUUGCCCAGCAGCUGCCUCAAUAGCCUGGAGAGCUUGGAGCCCCCCCUCCAGCCUGGAACAUCUCCAGGCCAGACAGAGAGCCCAGAGCUGCGGUUCGCAGGCCUGCUAAGCAGCCGGCGGCCGGAAGUCUAUCCCGCAGAAGCGCAGCCAUUCACGGCCUCACGCAAUGCGACACUUCCGCCUGCACGAGUUCUUCCGGGGCGGAGGUCACCAUGGCAGCUGCCUUGGCUCGGCUUGGUCUGCGGCCUGUCAAACAGGUUCGGGUUCAGUUCUGUCCCUUCGAGAAAAACGUGGAAUCGACGAGGACCUUCCUGCAGGCGGUGAGCAGUGAGAAGGUCCGCUCCACUAAUCUCAACUGCUCAGUGAUUGCGGACGUGAGGCAUGACGGCUCCGAGCCCUGCGUGGACGUGCUGUUCGGAGACGGGCAUCGCCUGAUUAUGCGCGGCGCUCAUCUCACCGCUCUGGAAAUGCUCACCGCCUUCGCCUCCCACAUCCGGGCCAGGGACGCGGCGGGCAGCGGGGACAAGCCGGGUGCUGAUACUGGUCGCUGACAGCGCCAAAGAGACCAACAAGAUGAUUUUAGCGUGGACUAGGACACUUAACCUAAGAAGAGUUUCACUUAAUCAUUCAAAUCACUAUCUGGAGGGCCACGGAGCGCAAAAUAAAGUUUAAAACCCUGCUGCCACAA